ACACUUCCAGCCUGUUGCUUAUUCAUUCAGAGUGGGAAAGCGCCAGCCCCAAAGCCAGCCAGUGCAGGGCUGCCCACUUAAGGCCCCCAGGCGGUCCUGCCCGGUGCCCUGCAGAGAGCCUCCUGCAGCCUUGGGCACCGCCCCUGCCCUGCCCUGACCCCUUGGCCUCGAAAUGCUGUCAUCGGAGGAGCCGUCCCGCUCGGACCAAGGCCAGGAUGGACAAAGCUAGAGCUGCGGCAGGCAAGGAGCCAUCCUGUCCUCGAGGCCGUGGGGAGAGAAGCACGCACAGGGGGCCACUCCUGAGAGCCUCUCGGUCCACCAGGUCUCUUCAGAGGGGCCACCAUGGCUUUGGCCCCAGCCGGUUUGCAGGUGGGAACCCUGGUGUGGGGCGCCUGCCUCUGCAUCCUGGUACACGGGCAACAGGCCCAGCCAGGGCAGGGCCCGGACUCGGGGCGCUGGCGGCAGCUGAUCCAGUGGGAGAACAACGGGCAGGUGUACAGCCUGCUCAACUCAGGCUCCGAGUACGUCCCCGCCGGAGCACCGCGCGCCGAGGGUAGCUCCCGGGUGCUGCUGGCGGGCGCCCCCCAGACCCAGCUGCGGCGCAGCCAAGGAGGUCCCCGGCGGCGGCAGGCCCCGUCUCUGCCCCUGCCCGGGCGCGUGGGCUCGGACACCGUGCGCGGCCAGGCGCGGCACCCUUUCGGCUUCGGCCAGGUGCCGGAUAACUGGCGCGAGGUGGCCGUCGGGGACAGCGCGGGCAUGGCCCGGGCUCGCACCUCGGUCUCCCAGCACGGGGGCUCCGCCUCCUCGGUCUCGGCCUCGGCCUUCGCCAGCACGUACCGCCAGCCGCCCUCCAUCCCGCAGCAGUUCCCCUACCCGCAGGCGCCCUUCGUCAGCCAGUACGAGACCUACGACCCGGCGGCGCGGACCUACGAGCAGGGCUACGUGUACUACCGCGGGGCGGGCGGCGGCGGCGCCGGGGCGGCGGCUGUGGCCUCGGCGGGGGUGGUCUAUCCGUUCCAACCGCGGCCGCGCUACGAGGAGUUCGGCGGAGGGGGCGAGGAGCAGCCCGAGUACUCGCCGCAGGGCUUCUACCCGGCCCCAGAGAGGCCCUACGCGCCGCCGCCCGCCGACGGCCUAGACCGCCGCUACUCGCACAGCCUCUACCACGAGGGCGCUACGGGCUCCGAGCAGGCCCUCCCCGGCCCGGGCCCCGACGCAGCGCAGGCCGCCGGCGGCGCCUACGGCGGCGACCCCGCCCUCGGCUGGUACCCGCCCUAUGCCAACCUGCCUCCCGAGGCCUACGUUCCCCAGAGGGCGGUGGAGCCGCAGCCCCCGUUCCGCAUGCCGGAGCCGCCCUACCUGCCCGUGCGCAGCUCGGACGCGCCCCCGCCGGUGGCGGAGCGCAGCGGCUCGCAGCAGGGCCGCCUCAGCGUGGGCAGCGUGUACCGGCGCACCCAGAACGGCCGCGGUCUCCCUGACUUGGUCCCAGACCCCAACUAUGUGCAAGCGUCCACCUAUGUCCAGAGAGCCCACCUAUACUCCCUGCGCUGUGCAGCAGAGGAGAAGUGCUUGGCCAGCACAGCCUAUGCCCCGGAGGCCACUGACUAUGAUGUGCGGGUGCUGCUGCGCUUCCCCCAGCGUGUGAAGAACCAGGGCACAGCGGAUUUCCUCCCGAACCGGCCGCGGCACACUUGGGAGUGGCACAGCUGCCACCAACACUACCACAGCAUGGACGAGUUCAGCCACUACGACCUGUUGGAUGCAGCCACAGGCAUGAAGGUAGCCGAGGGCCACAAGGCCAGCUUCUGCCUGGAGGAUAGCACCUGUGACUUCGGCAACCUCAAGCGCUACGCAUGCACCUCACAUACACAGGGCCUGAGCCCAGGCUGCUAUGACACUUACAACGCGGACAUCGACUGCCAGUGGAUUGACAUAACUGAUGUGCAACCCGGCAACUACAUCCUCAAGGUGCACGUGAACCCUAAGUACAUUGUUUUGGAGUCUGACUUCACCAACAAUGUGGUGAGAUGCAACAUCCACUAUACAGGUCGCUAUGUUUCUACGACAAACUGCAAGAUUGUCCAAUCCUGAUCUUCGAGAAGGUGGACAACUGCCAACCUCCCCGCUUCCCAGAGCAGGUCCUGAUUACCAGGCAGCCUCCCUCCAGGACACACCUGGUCCAAGGGAUACAACCCCACCCACCACAGGAAGGGGCAGCUGAACACAGGGGCACCUCUCUCUACCAGCCUCAGGGAGUGAACCUGGACCAAAACCACAGGGAUUCCGGGUGCCAGGCCCAAUUUCAUACUUAAGUUUUCACUACAACAUUAUUUUGUUGGUUGUUGGUUUUUAUUUUUUAUAUUUUGACCAUACACAGAGGAAGAUUGCCCAGACCUGGGCUGAAUAAAACAAGGUUUUUUUAC